AGAUGGCGGAGGGCCGCUGCCGCAGAGCCGGCUGGGAGUGAGGGCGGGCUGUGGAAGAUGGCGGCGUUGAGAGCGGCGGCGGGGAGCGGGCGAGGUCUCCUCCAGACCCGCCAGAAAACCUUCCAGCUCUGUAAGGCAAAGAUGUCCUUUGCUAACCUGUCCCGUGGGAAGAAGGUAGCUUUAUCAACGUUAGGUGUUCUUGCUGCCGGGGGCAGUGCACUUGCCUUGACGCUGCACCAUUCGGUGUAUGCAGAGCUGGAACUCCAUGCUCCCAGUUACCCCUGGAAUCACAGCGGAUUCUUGUCUGCCCUUGAUCAUGCCAGUGUUCGUCGUGGUUACCAGGUCUACAAGCAGGUCUGUGCAGCCUGCCACAGUAUGGAAUACGUGGCCUUUCGGAACCUCAUUGGAGCGACACAUACCGAGGAAGAGGCCAAGGCUCUAGCCGAGGAGAUUGAAGUGCUGGAUGGACCAGAUGAAAAUGGAGAAAUGUUCACUCGCCCUGGAAAACUCUCUGAUUAUUUCCCUCACCCAUACCCUAAUUCUGAGGCCGCAAGAGCAGCAAAUAAUGGAUCUCUUCCACCUGAUCUCUCAUACAUUGCAAAUGCCAGGCACGGUGGUGAGGAUUACAUCUUCACCCUUCUGACUGGUUACUGUGACCCUCCUGCUGGCAUCAGUCUUCGAGAAGGUCUGUACUACAACCCCUACUUCCCUGGUCAGGCUAUUGGAAUGGCUCCUCCAAUCUAUGAUGAAGCCGUUGAGUAUGAGGAUGGUACUCCAGCCUCGAUGAGUCAGAUUGCUAAGGACGUCUGCACAUUCCUGCGCUGGACUGCUGAACCAGAACACGACCAGCGCAAACGCAUGGGCCUGAAGAUGCUGAUGUUCUCAGCUGUGUUUUGGCCACUGCUUUACUACUUGAAGAGGCACCGAUGGUCUGUUUUAAAGAGUAGGAAGAUUGCCUACAAACCUCCAAAAUAACUUCUGACCUGGGAUGCUCAACUCCAGGACAAGACCUGAAUUCUCUGCCAAUGUGUACACAACCUGGACUUAACGGGGCUAGUUUCUGGGGCAGGGGUGGGGAGACAAACAGUUUAAAAUACCUGGACAUUCUGCAGAGUCUUUACUAAAGCAUGGCAUUAUUAAAAACAUCUAUUGUCUGAUUCCUCAAAUCAGUGGGCGGAUUGCUGGCUGUGAUUUAAACUAUUGAUUUGCUCCAUUGACUGUCUAACAAAGGGCCUUGAUAUUUUUUAAAGAGUUUUAGAAAUAAACUUGGGACAAUGCUGCUCUCCGGUGGCUGGUGCAUAUUGUCUUUCACAAGCAAUAACUUGGAUACAAGUCCUGAUUUUUCCCUUCACAGAAUUCAACCUUUAACAGGGUAGGAAUUCUGGAGACCUUACAUAACCAAGUCAGUGGGGAAAGAGGUUCUCUGGUCUCACUGGAGACUUUGAGCAGCUCAAUGGUCUGGUCCAUGGGGUGUAAAUGCUAGACAAAAUAGUUAGGAAAACGUACCAUUCCGAAUGAUUUAAGGAGCAGUUGGAAUCCCCACAUUCUGUCAAAUGGCAAUUCAUCCUCAUUUUAGUUUACCUCCAAAGACAUAUUGUUUUGUGGUAACGUGUGUUUGGUCCUACUGUGAGUUGAAGGAUUCCUUUCAGUAAAUUAUUACUGUACACAGCAUUUGUGUAAAUAUUUAAUGUUUAAUAAAUAAUAUGCUACGGACCUGUUCUGCA